UAUCAUCUUAUUUGUUUAAAAUCUGAUUAAAAUCUUGUGUGCUUUAAUGAUGGAUCGUCGUAAUAAUCGGGGUAGAAGGCGCCGUUUAAUUCCUGCGAUUCGUCAUGGAAAACUGGAAACAGCAAGGGAGAUAAUAAAUUCUUACGAGCUGCCAUGUUCAGAAUCAUCGCCAAAAGGAUAUGAUUUACUUUGUGAUGCUCUUGAUAAUAAGCAUUCGGAGGUGGCUAAAUUACUUUUAACAAGCGGCACUGCAGUCAACAGUAAAGAAAACAACUAUCAAAGCACUUCUGAGACUCCCCUUCAUUUUGCUGUUAUGAAUGGUGACAUAGAAAUUAUGAAGAUGCUUCUAGUCAGACGUGCUAAUAUUAAUGCUCAAAAUAUCUAUGGCCAAACUCCACUCCAUAAAGCGAUUGAAAAGAAUGAUCGAGUAGAAAUUAUCGAAUUACUUUUAAAACAUGAAGCUGAUGUUAAUGUUAAAGAUCGUAAUGAUCAAACUCCACUUUAUGUUGCAAUUAAAAAUAAUCGAUUAGAAAUUAUUGAAUUACUUUUAAAACAUAAUGCUGAUGUUAAUGUUGAAGACGAAGACAGAAACACCCCACUAUUUUAUGCUAUUCAAAAUCCAAAUUUAAAAAUUACCAAGCUACUUUUAGAUAAUGGAGCAAAUGUUAAAGAUUAUCCCGAGCUAUUGAAUAUUGCUGUUAAGAGGGGAUGCACGGAAAUCGUUGAACUUCUUUUGCAACAUAAUGCUGAUGUUAACGCUACCGAUGAAAACGGUUACACAGCAUUGCUUUCAACUUUAAGUGAUUUUUAUCAAGAUUUUUGUAAAUUACGUCCUGAUAGAGAUUCUUAUGUUAAUAAUAUAAAGAGGAAAAUUACUAAAUUGCUUCUUAAUCAUGGUGCUAAUGUAGACGCUGAAACUCGAGGUGGUUGGACGGCACUUCAUUUUGCUGUCUACAAUGGAUAUUCACAAGUUGUUGAAGUUCUUUUAGAAUAUAAUGCAAAUGUCAAUGUUAGAGAAAAAAAAAAUCUCGAGACACCACUCCAUAUGUCUGCACGAAGAAAAAAUGUAGAAAUUUGUGAAAUGCUUUUGAAUAAAGGAGAUGACGUAGAUGCUGGGGAACGGAAUGGAUUGACAGCGUUGCACAUUGCAACACUAGAAGAUUCCAACGAGAUUGUAAAACUAUUGCUUGAAAGUGGUGCCGAAGUUGAUUCUAAAACUAAAUAUAAUAUUACACCCCUGUAUUUGAGUGCUCAAAGAGGUCAACAGGAAAUCAUUGAAACUCUCUUGAAAUUUGGUGCUGAUAUUAAUUGUAGAAAUAUGGAUGGCAAUAGAGCACUCCACAUUGCAUCUCAAUUUGGGCAUGUUAAAGUUGUCACAACUCUCCUGGAGUAUGGCUGUGAUAUUAAUUCUAGAGAUAUAGAUGGCAGAACAGCACUCCACAUUGCAUCUCACUUGGGGCAUAAUGAAGUUGUUACAACUCUCUUGGAGUAUGGCUGUGAUAUUAAUUCUAGAGACAAGGUUGGCAAUAUAGCACUCCACAUCGCUUCUCACCAAGGGCAUAAUGAAAUUGUUACAACUCUCUUGGAGUACAUGAUAUCAAUAUUAUGA